AUGGCGCCUGAAAACCAAGAACACACGGCUUUCAUCACCGACCUGGGGGUGUAUUUCUACAAAGUCAUGCCGUUUGGGCUCAAGAACGCAGGCGCCACCUACCAGAGGGCCGUGAAUAAAAUGUUCGCCGCUCAAAUCGGGCGGAACGUCGAAGUCUAUGUCGAUGACAUGAUCGUCAAAAGUCGCAUGGCGGUAGACCACCUGAUCGACUUGGUCGAAACAUUCUCUACACUCCGGAAGUAUGGCCUGCGGCUAAACCCGGCAAAGUGCACCUUCGGCGUCGGGUCAGGAAGGUUCCUCGGAUUCAUCGUGCAUGAAAGAGGAAUCGACGUGAAUCCGGAGAAGUGUGAAGAGGCUUUUGGACAAGUCAAGCGGCACCUGGCCAACCUUCCCCGCCUUGCUUCGGUCGUUCUCGGGGAAAAGCUCAACGUUUACUUGGCUGCCUCCCAGCACGCGGUCAGCUCCGUCCUAACCAAAGAAGUUGCCGGGGAGCAAUUGCCGGUCUACUACGCCAACCACGUUCUGAACGGGCCCGAGGAGCAAUAUCCGUCGCUCGAAAAGCUCGCUUUGGCGCUCGUGCUGGCAUCCCGGAAAUUACGCCCUUACUUCGAGGCUCACACGAUUGAGGUAAUCACUGACCAGCCGCUCCGGCAAGUUUUAUCUAAGUUUGAUGUCGCAGGUCGACUCCUCAAGUGGUCGGUAGAACUCGGAGAGUUCGACAUACAUUACGUUCCAAGGACUGUCAUCAAGACCCAGUCCGUAGCCGACUUCAUCGCGGAACUGGCCGAUGGUGGGAAUGGAAGCCCCAAGCAGACAGAGGAGGCAUGGGACUUGCACGUGGACGGCUCGGCUACCUCCAGCAGCGCCGUUGCGGGGUUGGUACUCUCGGCUCCCGACGGACGCUCAUUCGAACGAUCCCUCCGCUUCGGGUUCCGGGCCACCAAGAAUGAAGCCGAAUACGAGGCGCUCCUGGCUAAACUCAAGUUGGCCCUUGAAAUGCAGGUGGAUGUCAUCCGCGUCUUCACUGACUCGCAGCUCGUCGCUGAGCAGCUUAGCGACGGGUACGAAGCCAGAGAACCAACCAUGGAAAGGUACUUGGCAAAGGUAAAAAGCCUAGUCUCCAACUUCUCCCGCUUUACGUUAUCCAAGGUGUCGAGGAACCAAAAUGAACGAGCCGACAAAUUGGCAAAGAUGGCUUUGGGACUGGACCACGGAAACCACCCCGGGGUCGAAGAUCUCCCAUCCCGCACCAUCUCAGUUUCGUCUGUAGCUCCGACCGAAGCGCGCACCACGUGGGUACAGGAGAUGCUGCUCUUCAAACGCAAUGGGGUCCUUCCCGACGACGAAGCUACGGCGCGCCGCAUUCGCCGAACGCAAGCGUGGUAUUCCGAGGUGAACGGGCGACUCUACAAACGGUCCUUCUCACAGCCCCUACUGCGAUGCCUCGAGCCUAGCGAAGCGAAGGCAGUCCUCGCCGAGGUCCACGAGGGGAUUUGUGGGGAGCAUAUUGCUGCUCGAACCUUGGCCUACAAAAUCCUUCGACAAGGAUACUACUGGCCCACCAUGUCCCAAGAUGCUAGAAUCUACGUGCAGCGGUGCGGGCCCUGCCAGUGGCACGCCCGAACGCCCAGGCAGUCGGCGGUCCCCCUGUCCCCCAUCGACUGCGCAUGGCCAUUCGCUCAGUGGGGAUUGGACCUCCUCGGCCCUUUUCCACCGGCCUCGGGGCAACGACGAUACAUCGUCGUGGGCGUGGAUUACUUCACCAAAUGGACUGAAGCCGAGCCGCUAGCGACAAUCACGGAACGACAAGUAGAGAAAUUCGUUUGGAAAAGCAUCGUGACUCGAUUUGGCUUGCCAGAGGCCAUCAUCACAUAUAAUGGAUCCCAGUUCACUAGCGCUCGACUCAAGAGGAGAGUGUCAGCGGCCCAGUCAGCUUGGGUGGACGAGCUCCCCAGUAUUCUGUGGUCCUUGCGGACCACUCCCAAGGCCGCGACCAGAGAAUCCCCCUACAGCCUCUCAUUUGGGACCGAGGCUGUCUUGCCUCCCGAGAUGAUUUUCCCCACCCUGAGGACGGCAAGCUAUGACGAACAAGUUUCGACCCAGGGACUGCGAGCCGAUCUCGAUCUGCUUGAGGAGCGGCGCGCUAAUGCGCACCUGAAAGAUCUCUCCUAUAAAAGGGCCGUCGCUAGAAUUUAUAACCGUAAGGUGCGGCCUCGGCCAAUUAAGUUGGAUGACUUGGUCUUACGCAGGGCCGAGGUUAGCGACCCGACCCGAGCACGUGGGAAGUUAGCUCCCAAUUGGGAAGGACCAUAUCGGGUGAUCGAAGUCAUUAGGGUCGGAGCAUACCGACUCGCGACGAUGCAAGGCCAUGCUUUGCCAAAAACUUGGAACUCACAAAACCUCAAAAGGUUUUUUCUGUAA